CGGUGUGCACAUUUACCAUCUGAUUGCGAUCCGCCAAUAUACACAAAGAAGAAGCAGGAGAAGGCGAAAACGAACAGAUGCGCUAGCAGCUAGCUUGGCAGGUUACGUCGAGGAAAUUCUGAGAGUUGUUCUUUCUUCUUCACCUGCCUCCCCUCCGCCCCCUUCACCAGCGCUGCAGGAUUGUCGGGGUUUUUAGCUCUCUUCCUGACCUGCCAACAUGCCAGCCGCACUUACAGAUUCCAGCCAAAUAAUCUGUGAAGUCUGGGCGAGCAAUGUGGAGGAGGAAAUGAGGAAGAUCCGGCAGAUUAUUCAAAGCUACAAUUUCAUCGCCAUGGACACAGAAUUCCCCGGAGUGGUUGUCCGGCCAAUCGGCGAGUUUCGGAGCACCGUAGACUACCAGUACCAGCUGCUGAGGUGUAACGUCGACCUCCUGAAGAUCAUCCAGCUCGGCCUCUCGUUCAUGAACGAGGACGGAGACUACCCCCCCGGCACCACCACGUGGCAGUUCAACUUCAAGUUCAACCUCACAGAAGACAUGUACUCCCAGGACUCCAUAGACCUGCUCCAGAACUCGGGCCUCCAGUUUAAAAAACAUGAAGAGGAGGGGAUCGAAACGCUCUACUUCGCCGAGCUCCUCAUGACGUCCGGUCUGGUGCUGUGUGAAAACGUCAAGUGGCUCUCCUUCCACAGUGGCUACGACUUUGGCUACCUGGUGAAGCUCCUGACGGACGCACGGCUCCCUGAGGAGGAACACGACUUCUUCCAGAUCCUCAACCUCUUCUUCCCCGCGAUCUACGAUGUCAAAUACUUGAUGAAGAGCUGCAAGAACCUAAAGGGAGGGCUACAGGAAGUAGCAGACCAGCUGGAGCUGAAGAGGAUCGGGCGGCAGCACCAGGCUGGAUCCGACUCGCUACUCACCGGCAUGGCUUUCUUCAGGAUGAAAGAGCUUUUCUUCGAAGACAACAUUGACGACGCAAAGUAUUGUGGGAGGUUGUACGGCCUGGGCUCGGGCUCCACCCAACCCCAGAACGGCAUCUCCAGCUCGGGCCAGGAGGAGACGAACAACAAGCACUGACUGAGCGCUCCCGUUCUCAAAGUGGAACGCGCUUGUUUUUAAAAACACCCAACCAGCAGAUUUCCCCACCCCCCCACCCUCUGAUCUCCCGCAACACUCGGAACGAGACACAACACGAGACAAAACAAAAUAGAUUUCUUUCAAAUUUUUUCCUCCCCGAGUGACUGUCAAACGGACUCGCAGUGACAUUGGAUCCUUUCACUGGCUCAGUCGUUUCUUUUUAGUCGCUUUUACUGAGUAUAUGUUCAUAUACUCAGAACACUUUUUUUAAUGCCACAUUCUAGUGACCCCCUUCUUUAACAGCAUGGGACCAGCGCCUGUAUCAUACUGUGAUCUCAGACCAAACGUUGCCAAAAAACUAAACAGUCCGAUUCUUCAGUUCCGACUGUCGUUCUCAUCAGCGGGACUCGUCUCUUGUUGCAGGGAUUUCAUUUUUUUUUUUAAGUUAAUGUUGGAAGGGCCUGUAAAUUUAAAAUGUAUAAUUUUGAUGAAAAUAAAAAUGUUUUAGCUCUUUUCCACUUUCAGAACCUUUUAACAGUGUGCAUCAAGUUGUUUAACUGUGCUUGGUUUAUGCAUGUGUUUUUUGGGGCAAACUACUGUCGUUUCUGUACAUUCAGCCACCAGACCCAGCUGUCCGCCAGGUUUACACAUGUUGUGGGUACUGUUUUUACAUUCUUCAUUGUUUUGAACAGUUGUAUAUUAAAUUGUUUUGUAUUUUGAA